AACAGCGUGACGCACCGCCUUUGCAUUUCACCACAGCGAGGCUAACGCUAAUGCUAAUACUUGGGAGGUGGAGGUAGUUACACGGUGUGUCGUAGAUUGUGUUUUGACCCAUCAUUCUCCGGUGAAAUAGACCUGGCCCGUGUAGAAGACCUCGUUUCCAUUUUCUUGUAUUUGUCUGGGAUGUAUGGAUGGAUAGUUGACGGAAUAUCGUCCCUUUUUGAGCCCAUUACCGGGCAAAACCCCACUGAGUGGCCUGGGAAAGGUAACGUUAGCGGGGAGGUACACGCGCGAGCUGGCGUGACAGCGCGGACAGAGAGCCACGGUAGACCGGUGAAACGUAACUACCAGAGCGUUCAUGUGGCAGACAGUGUUGGUCAGAGCGAGCAAGGGGAGGUGAAGAGACGGAGGCGAGAUGUAGUCAUUAGCUUUGUGAAGAAGACUGUGGCAGGAGUGGCGAGUCUUCUUAGACUGCGAAACCCACUGACAGCCAACUGUGAGAAGCGUCGACUCUAUGAAGACACCCAGAUCCUGAUGGGAAUAGAUGAGCUCCACACCUCAUGGAUGAGUUCUGAGUGGAGGAUGGACAAACCUGAUGUGAAUGAGUGGGAGAGGGGUGGGAAGAAUUCCUUCCAGAGCUCCUCACCUCCCUUGAUGAGGAAAUACAGUGGGGCAGGACUGCCAGCAGGGAUCUCUGACAGAGGGAAAGACAGGGAGAGGAGAAGUUCCCUCCAGCUGCUUCCCUCUAGGCCAGCUCUGAGGGUAGGAACAGGAACCGCCAACCCAGACUCAACUUGUAACAGCCUUGGACACAACCGUUGCCACAAGCCCAGUCUUACGGUGGAAGAGACCAUAAAGCAAAACAAUAAAGAACACUACAGGCGAUUGUUGGAGAUGGUGACGGAGAAAUAUAGCAAAAGCCAACCGCUGCCUUUUAACCAAACAAAACCACAAGAUGAGUCAGUCCUGCAGAGUGAGCACAGAGCUACUGCUUCUGGAAAAGCCUGUGAAUCCGUAUCCAGGAAGGCAGGACACAAUACAGCCACCCCACGCGUGUUUACAUGGAGAAAUGUAUCUGCAACCAAGGACACCAAAGACAGGAGGGGUGGCAUGAGUUUCAGCAAAACAUUCAGUGGAACAUUUGAGGACAUGCAGAAUGUCAGAUGUGCGAAGAUGAAACAGGCAGCAGAGGUGGACCUCUCUACUGAAGUCGCUACACGCCUAAAUCUAGUGGACAGAGAAAUUCCUUCUCUCCCCCAGCCUGACACACAUUCUACACACACUGCACAUGCACGCCAUAGCGAGGACGACUUCCCUAGACUCACAAAGGAAAUGGCAGCAGAGGUGAGUCGUGCUCUCGCUCAGAGUGAUCCUAAUCUCGUUCUGAGCGCGGCUUUCAAGCUACGCAUCACACAGAGAGACCUGGCUACACUGCAGGAAGGCAGCUGGCUCAACGAUGAGGUGAUCAACUUCUACCUUUCCCUGGUUAUGGAGCGAUGCUCUGGCCAAGCCACAGGAUUGAAGGUCUACUCAUUCAGCACCUUCUUCUUCCCCAAGCUGUGGGGUGGAGGAGGAGGGCAGGCAGGAGGCCACACGGCUGUGAAGCGCUGGACCAAGGCUGUGGACGUCUUCUCCUACGAUCUCAUCCUGGUCCCUCUGCAUCUGGGUGUCCACUGGGCAAUGGCUGUGAUAGAUUUAAAGUCCCGGACAGUGAAGUCAUAUGACUCCAUGGGCCAAAGACAUGACGAUAUCUGUAGUAUGUUACUACUCUACCUGAAGGAGGAGCACAAAGUGAAGAAGGGCCGAGACCUUGAUAGUGCCAAAUGGACUGUCAGCAGUUUGAGGGCCACAGACAUCCCCCAGCAGAGAAAUGGAAGCGACUGCGGUGUUUUUGCCUGUAAAUACGCUGACUUCAUCGCAAAAGGAAAGCCUCUCACCUUCAGACAGUGUCACAUGCCUCUCUUCAGGAAGUUAAUGAUUUGGGAAAUUCUCAACCAGAAGCUGCUAUAGAGGAGCGCAACAUCUAUCAAGCAUCUUCUAUCAAUCAACUACCCAAUAACACAGACAUUCUCGAUGGGAAUUACUUCUGUGUACAGCAACUAUAUGUUGAUGAAGGCAUAAAUGGGCCAAAGACUGCAACCUGAAACCCUAACCUGAUUUUUGUUCUGGCCUCUAGAAAUCAAGCACUAACUAGUCUUACUAGUUGAGGAUGUCCCUUUAUCUUUCAGGGACUUAUUCACACCUAAUUAUAAUCUCUGAGUUGUAAUUGGAGACUUUAUUGGGAUGGGAUGAGAGAAUGUUACACAGGGAUCGGCACUACUGACUGAAUGGCUUUUUUUUUAUAUAUAUAUUUUGAUGUUGGAUUGUUUGUUCUCUUCCUGAAGUGCCUUUAGUGUAUUAAUCCUCUGACCUUUAGCUCAGUUUGAAGAGCGUCAUUUUGUCUGUCAUGGGAAGCUACUUGGUAGCACGCAACUGGAGAUGUGUUUUGAGGAGCUGGAUUCCUGUUUGACCGUCACUUUGAUUGAAGCAGCUCCAGGUCAAUGAGUUUUGAGUUUUGGUUUCAUUUGGCUAAGCCCCUCCUACUGAUGAACUCCAACUGCAGUGGUUGCCAUACACAUUCAUUGCCAGCCAACAGACCAUGAAAUGCAAGCUUUUAGUGGAACAUGAUUGGACAAAAUACUAGAUCAAAUACCUCUUUUUUUUCAGACCUUGUUGCAGAUGAACUGGUGGAAAAAAUGCAUGGUUGGGCAACAUUAUUUUUAUUUUGACAUAAAUUUGACAAUUAUUUAUGUGACUUGACUGGAUGAGAAAGGUGUGUGUGUGUGUGUGUGUGUGUGUGUGUGUGUGUGUGUGUGUGUGUGUGUGUGUGCGCGCGCGCGCGUGCGUGUGUGUGUGUUUACUUGAUUUCUCCCCAUAAUGGUCCAUAAGGCAUUUCAGUGAUUAUACCGCACAAAGCUACUUAGGGCUACUACAUUGACCUGUACAUAAUAAACUACUGUACUCUGCAUGUUUAAGUCCAUGCUAAAACAGUCUGUGAUAUUUCCUGUAAUGAGGUUUUUUUUUUUUU